CCGGAAGUGGUUUCAUUUUGACAGCUGUGGCAAAAAAGUGACGUUGCACGAUAAACAAACGAAGGAGGAGGCGAGUGAGCGGUGUUCAUCCUGUAUCCUGACAUUUCUACAUUUUACAAUAAUGCAGUCUUCUAAGAGGAGUGAGAGCGACUGGCAGGGACUGGUCAGCGAGUUCCUGGUGUGUAAACGCAAGUUGGAGAGUAAAAAGGAGGCGCUGCUCAUCCUGUCCAAAGAGCUGGACACAUGCCAACAGGAGAGAGACCAGUACAAGCUGAUGGCCAACCAGCUGAGAGAGCGCCACCAGGGACUGAAGAAGAAGUACAGGGAACUUAUUGAUGGGGAUCCUUCUUUGCCACCAGAAAAACGUAAUCAGGUGAACCUGGGUCAGCUGUUGAGGGACUCCAGGGAACGAGUGAGGAAGCUCACUGAGGAGGUGAAGGACCUCAAUCAGAGGCUGGCUGAGGCCCAGGGGGACAACAAGCUGCUGAGGAUGACCAUCACUCGACAGAGGCUGGGAGACGAAGAGGUGGGGGUCCGCCACUUUCCUGCACAUGAACGAGAGGACUUGGUUUCUCAGCUAGAAAGAGCAGGGCGACAGAUGGAGGAGAUGGAGCACACCAUAAAAGCCUUGACGGACGAGUUGCAGGACGUUAAAGCAGAACGCAUCGUUUUCAGGGAGAAGGCUGACCGGCUGAAUGUUGAACUGAACCACAUUUUAGGGAACCAUGAGUCGCGCAUCAUUGAUGUGGAUGCACUCUGCAUGGAAAACAGGUAUUUACACGACCGGCUCUCGCAACUUCAGGAGGAGGUGAACCUGCUCAAAUCAAACAUCAUGAAGUACAAGACGGCCCUCGAGAGGAGGAAAAACUCCAGCGCAUAUGGGAGAUCAAACAGCGUUCCCCUUACAGGAGUGCUGUCAGCCAAACAAGUCCAGGAGAUGCUCCUGGAGGAGCAGGGCUGCAGCUUACCUGCCACACCUCAGUCCAUCUCUGACCUCAAGUCGCUCGCCACCGCUCUGCUGGAGACCAUCCAUGAGAAGAAUCUGGUCAUCCAGCACCAGAGGCACACAAACCGGAUCCUGGGAAACAGAGUUGCAGAUUUGGAGAGGAAGUUAAAAACCUUGGAAGUCUCGGGAUUGUGGAGUUUACCAGGCUUGACCUACCACGUAUCUGUGGGAAUUGGGAGAACCAGGGACAAUAUGGCACUAAAUGAAAAUCUCCAGCCAGAGCUUCAUCCAACGUGUGCCACGUCUUUGCCAAACACGCAGCCCCUCAAAGAUGACAGAAGUUCACAUGAAUCAUCUUGGGAAUGCCGCACCGCUGGCAGUGACCUUGGCACAGAUGGCGCCGGCAGGGAAGACGCACCUGCACUGCUCAGCGGCGCGGAUCCUUUCGCGGGCAUGGAGACGGAUGGGAUUGACGGGAGAGAGGGAGAAAUCGUGACCCUGAGAGACGAUCCGGAGCCGGAGGAUGAACGGAGUCCGGUGGAGGAGGCAGGGCGCGAAGAGGAGGGAGCCGAGGACGAGGAGCUGGGCUCCUCUGUGGAGGAAGGGGAAGAAGCCGCUCUGGCACUGGAUCUCCGUCUGACCGAGUCGAAGCUUCAGUGGCUUUCCAUCGCACAGACUUCUGUCAGAUAUUCAGAGGUUUCCUGCCAGGACAGGGAGUCUAACGAUGCACUUGAACACGAAGAAGCCUCGGCAUCGAUUCCAAAGAGUCAGGCCACAGAGGGACAGAGUAACACUGAGUGGGACAUUCACUGUCCAUCUGCACCUGGCAUGAUCUAACGUCACGAAAAGAUGGGGGGAAAACUUCUCUAAGUCCUUGUCGUCGUUAUUGAUGAUUACAUUAAUCAUCCCUAGUUGGAUUCCCACUGCUUAGCCUCUGCUCAUUAACUUCCUUCCACACUGAGCAGCUCGCUUUCAGUCAAUAAAACAGAGAAAACACUUUUCUUCCCUCCCCCCCAGAUGCUGCUGACAAAGCCAGAGGUGCACUCUGCAUCUAGACUAGCUUCUGUUGCGCUAAAGCAAAAAAAAAUCUUUCAAACAGUAGAGCUGCAAACUCGAUGCCCUGCAGAAAAACUAACAAGUGAUCAGCUUGUGUAUCCUAUAUUCUCUUGUUGCGUUUCCCCGUGAGGAGAUAAUCCCAGUUGUUUGCUUUAUUUUUCUAUCAAAGCUAAGGAAUGCCAAUAAAAGUGCUGCAUUUUUGGAGGGGAUCACUUCCAAAAGUGAUCUCAAAUUGGUGAAGUGCCAAAAUUUGAAUUAUAUGUGUGAUGGAUACUUUUGAAUUCAUUGUUUCACCUUAAUACUGUUAAUAUUUGUUUGUCUAAAUCUUGCCUAUUUUUUGAUGUAUUUGGAUGUGCCUUAUGUGUCAAAAAUAUUUAAUAUUUAUAAAUGGAAAUUCAUAAAAAGCU